GGAAGCCUCCACCUCAGUGUACUGAUUGCCUGAAUUGAUUUCAGGUGUGGACCCUCGCAGGCAGCAGGGCUGGUGGUAGUCUGCUGCUGGAGGGAGAAAGCAGCUUUCUUCUUACACCAGCAGCAGCAGCAGCAGUGCACACAACUUGUUUCUCCCAAUGUCGAAGGCACUCUGAACACACUGGCUUGGAAAUGGCUGGCAGAGCUGCUGAUAUCAGAAACUCUUGGGCCAAAGUGUUACGGUUCAUUCAGAGCCUGAAUCGUAAGAAGCCUCUGGAGCCAGAAGGUGAAGAGUCCAACUUCUGCCGAUGCCUGACUAUCUUGGACCUGGUGGGUCUGGGUGUUGGUAGCACACUUGGAGCUGGUGUGUACGUGCUGUCGGGGGAGGUGGCCAGGGAAGUGGCUGGACCCAGCAUCAUCAUCUCCUUCCUGGUUGCAGCGCUGGCUUCGGUCUUUGCGGGGUUGUGUUACGCAGAGUUUGGAGCCCGGGUACCCAAGACGGGCUCAGCUUACCUUUAUAGCUACGUGACUGUAGGAGAGGUGUGGGCAUUUGUGACUGGCUGGAACCUUCUGCUGUCCUACGUCAUUGGAACCUCUAGUGUAGCCAAAGCCUGGACUGGGACCUUUGAUGGCUUGAUAGACAACGUUAUUGCUGAUACUCUGGGAAAGCAUACACCAAUGGACUCUCUUGGUUUAGCUCCAUACCCAGACUUCUUUGCUGCUGGGCUCAUUAUGCUGCUCGCUGGGAUUCUUGCGUAUGGUGUGAAGGAGUCAGUGGUCCUGAACAUCGUUUUUACUGCAGUGAAUGUAACUAUAUUGAUUUUUAUCAUCAUCUCUGGCUUUAUAAAAGGAGACAUCAACAACUGGCGCAUUAGUCAGGAGACCAUCCUGAAUGCAACUCGACACAUGGAGAACCUUGCAGUGACACAAAAUGAAACUGUUGACUUUGGUAAUGGUGGCUUCUUCUCCUUUGGCUUUGACGGCACAGUUACAGGAGUAGCAACCUGUUUUUAUGCUUUUGUUGGAUUUGACUGCAUUGCCACAGCAGGGGAGGAGGUGCAGAACCCACAGAAAGCUAUACCUCUUGGGAUCAUGGCUUCCUUGCUCAUCUGCUUCUUGGCCUACUUUGGCGUGUCGGCUGCAGUGACUCUUAUGAUGCCAUAUUAUCUGCUCGACAGCCACAGCCCUCUACCUGUGGCCUUUAAACAUGUUGGCUGGGAGCCUGCAAAGUACGUUGUGGCUGUGGGAUCCCUCUGUGCACUAUCAACAAGUCUCCUGGGAGUGAUGUUUCCCAUGCCGCGAGUGCUCUUUGCCAUGGCGAGAGACGGCCUGCUCUUCAAGCCUCUUCGAUACAUGAGCUCCAGGAAAAGUCCUAUCGUUGCCACAAUGUCUUCAGGAGCUGUGGCCGCUGUCAUGGUCCUGUUGUUUAACUUGAAGGCACUGGUUGACAUGAGUUCUAUUGGGACCAUCUUUGCCUACACUCUUGUCGCAGUGUGUAUUCUCAUAUUAAGGUAUCAGGAAGACCCUGGGUUUGGCUAUAGACUGGAAGCAUUUACUUUAAUGGGGCUGUUAAUUCCUCCGUCUCGACCCACCAACCGCACCUCUAAAAAUGUCAACAUGGUCACCAUCAUUAUUUUGUUCCUGGUGAUCGUUUUAAGCGUGCUGUUGUCCAAGGCUGUGCAUUCCCUCCGCAGACGAGAGUUGUGGAGUGUGCUGCUCGUUUCUGUCCUCGUACUGAUACUGGUCCUUGCUGUUGUUAUCAUCUGGAGACAGCCACAGAGCACAACUAAAGCUGCUUUCAUGGUAAACUGGAGGGGUGAAGGCGGUAGGAAGGAUUUCAUGCAUCCUGAGGAUUUGCACCUUUACUGUUCCGAUGGGGAUAUCUUGUUAGGUUCCCUGUCUACCUGUAAUUCCAGUUUUAAGUGUCUUCAUCAAUACCUACUUAAUGGUUCAGCUGGGAGGAGAAACUUGGAUCAGCUAUGCAGUCUGGAUGGCAGUAGGCCUGAUCAUUUACUUUGGCUACGGGGUUCAUCAUAGUGUCCAAAAACAACGGCUCCAGGAGGCUCGCACCCAAAUAAAUAUAAAUAUUGUUCGUGUCAACGGUGUUGCUGCUUGAUGUGUAUUGAAUUGUGUGAUGUGUUGCUCUCCAAUAAGAUGUCCACAGAAUAUUAAGCUCAUCAAGGAAUUAAUGUUUAGUAUGUUAUUCAGGUUUCUGCCAGAGUUGGCUUGACCUUCCUUUUUGCUGCAUUUAAUUUAUUAAUUUAAUGCAAACUAUUGCUUUGUUAAAAGUAUUCUAAUAGUAUUAUAACCUGUUGGUGUCAUAUUAUCCAUUAUGGCUCAUCAAUCAAUUCAAUUAUUUAAUUUCUGUCUGGAAAUUAAUUAAUUUUAUUUUAAAUAUUGAUCUAUAUUGUAAAGUAAUCGUAAAUUUGUAAGAAUAAAUAAUAAUACAUUUGUACAAAGUU